AUGGAGAAUAAUGAAAUGUCUGAAUUAAAUGAAGAGCAAAUAUUAUGCUUAUAUAUAGAUACUAAGAGGUAUCAGAAAACACUGGGUGUGUGUUUUUAUAAUUAUCUAAAAUAUGAAUUUUUAAUGACUGAAUUUAUUGAUAAUGGUUAUUUUACGGCCCUAGAAUCAUUAUUUAUACAAAAAAGACCAUAUAAAUGUUUUUUUAAUAGUACGAAUGAUUUAGUUGAUGAUGAAAGACUUUUAAAUUUAUUUAAUAUUUGUAACAUACAAGCAAUUGCACUGGACAAAAGAAAGUAUGAUGUGACAAAUUUAAAAGAAGAAUUAAAACUAAUUAUACCUCAAAAUGAUGAUGUUCGAAAUUAUGAUAAGCAUUUGGAAUUAGAAAAUGCAAGUAAAUGCUUAAUGGUUUUAAUCAAUUAUUUGAAAGUUAAGGAGAAUCAAGACAUACAUUAUCAGUGUACAAUUAACAUACAUAACAUGGAUUUAUAUAUGCGAUUAGAUAAAGCUGCUAUUUGUGCAUUAAAUAUACUUCCAAAUAAAAAAAAUUUGAAUAGUUAUAAUAAUAAUACGAGUUUAUUGAAAUUUUUGGAUAAAUGUAAUACAUCUAUUGGAUCGAAAAAGUUAGCAUCUUGGUUAACUCAACCACUGACAAGUACUGUUGAAAUUAACAAAAGGUUGAAUAUUGUUGAAACGUUUAUAAAAGAAGAUGAAUUGCGUAAUAGUAUUUUUUGUAAUUAUUUAAAAAGGAUACCAGAAUUAGAUAAAUUAAAUCAUUAUUUAAAGGAAAUUAAUCAAAAUAAUGAAAUUCGAGUGAAUUCUAAAUAUAAUGAAGAAAUGAUACUAAAAGAUGUUGUAAAACUAUAUUACGCUAUUUUAGAUUUUAAACAAAUAUAUUUUUGUUUAGCAUCUAUUGAAGAAAGACAUAAAGAAACAUUUAGAGAAAUACUUGUAAAUCCUCUACAUGAAGUAUUAAAUAAGUUUUCCAAGUUAUUAGAUAUGAUUGAAAUGACCAUUGAUUUAAAAGAAAUUGAAGAAAACAAAGAAUAUUUAAUUUCUAAAAAUUUUGAUGCAGAACUAGAAGAAAUAUCUAAUGAAAAAAAUGCAUUAAUAAAAAAAAUUAAAAAUCAUAAAGAAGAUGUUGAGAGAGAUUUAUUUUCUGAUAAAUGUGACAGACGUUACAAGAGGACAAACAGAGAAGAUAUAAGGUUGGUAGAUUGUAAUACUAAUGUAUUUUUAUUUAGAGUACCUAAAAAAGAUUGUGCAUUAGUUCAACAACAGAAAAAAAAGUAUAUAGCUAUACGUAUGAAUAAAAAUGAAUUUUUGUUUACUACGAAUACUUUAAAAAAAUUAUGUAAUCAGUAUGAACAUUGUUUAAAUAUUUAUAAUACUUUACAGUUAGAAAUAGUAAAAAAAACCAUCUGUGCUGUUUCAACUUAUACACCAGUAAUUGAAAAAUUUAUGGAUAUAGUAUCAACGUUAGAUGUGUUGAUAUCUUUUUCCGUUGUUUGUUACAAUUCACCCUUUCCAUAUGUUAGACCAGCUGUAAUAGAGAAUGGUCAAAAUGUAAUUAUGAAAAGGUCGAGACACCCUUUGCUAGAAUUACAACAUAAUUUAACUAACUUUAUACCAAAUGAUAUUCAUAUGAAUAGAGAAAAAAGUAGGCUCAUAGUAGUUACAGGACCAAAUAUGGGAGGAAAAAGUACAUACAUCAGACAAACAGCUAUUAUAUGUGUAUUAGCUCAAAUAGGUAUGUUUGUGCCAUGUGAUUUUUGUGAAGUUCCUAUUUUUAGUCAAGUUAUGUGUAGAGUAGGUGCUUCUGAUUUUCAGUUAAAAGGAAUUUCAACAUUUUUGUCAGAAAUGAUAGAAGCAUCAGCAAUUGUUAAGAAUGCUGACAAAAAUUCUUUUAUUAUUGUUGACGAAUUAGGUAGAGGAACAUCUACAUAUGAAGGGUUAGGUAUAAGUUGGUCUAUUGCAAAAUAUAUUUUAGAUAAUAUAAAAUGCUUCUGUUUAUUUGCUACUCAUUUUCACGAAAUUUCAAAUAUUGCUUACCAAUGUGCAGGUGUUAUAAAUAGACAUGUGGAAACUACAAUUGACCAGAAACAGAAAAAAAUUUGCUUUUUAUAUGAAAUUAAAGAUGGAGCAUCCAAUAAAAGUUACGGUGUAAAUGUUGCUGAAAUAGCUAAAUUACCAAAAGAUGUUAUUCAAAAAGCAUAUGAAAAAGUAGAAGAAUUGGAAUCGGCAGAAAACAAAUAUUAUUUAAAAGAAAAAUUAAACAUUGAUGUUUUAUCAACUUUUAGUGAAAAUUAUAAAAAUAAAAUUUCAAAUUACAUGAAAAUUAAAGAGGAUAUUAAUUACUUAUUUUCGUCUAACAGUGAGAGUGAAUUCAUGGAACGCUUUAUGUCCAAAAAAAAUUAUUUUAAGGAGUUGGUUAUCUAA